GCGUGAGGGAGAGCAGGAGCAAUGCGCGGAUCGUAAUCUCUCCUCCCCCUUCUCCUCUCCGCUCCGCUCCAUCUCUCUCAACCCUCUCUCUCUCGCUCUCUCUUAUAUUGAAAUUGGCCAGGGUAGAACAUGAUCACAGAACACCGCUUCAGUAUUGCUGCACAUUGUCGGGCAUUUCGCAAAACCCGAUCACUUGAAACAGAAUAAGCAGACAUAAAGGAAAGGACUUCAAAGUCCCACAUUAUAUUUUUAAAGGUGGACCAACACUUAAAAAAAAGACCGUCCGUUUGCGCGUGUUGAGCGUUGCAACCUAGCUAGGUGUUUAAUAACUAUAACAGUCUAACUACAGUAUCAAGUAGCUAUGCAUAUGCACGUUAUAAUGCGCGCGAGCAUUGGAUUAGUCGGUUUCUGUCUGGUCGCCUUUGUCCAACAGCCAGCUCGCGCUUCAGGAAGCAAAUCCACUCAAGAUGUGGACGAGUGUGCAGAGCAAAUUGACAACUGCAGCAUCGAUGCCAUCUGCCAGAAUACACUCAAGUCAUACAAAUGUAUCUGCAAGUCGGGCUACAAGGGGGAUGGCAAGCACUGCGAAGAUUUAGACGAGUGUGCGAGUGAAUACAACGGCGGCUGUGUCCAUGACUGCAUCAACAUCCCGGGGAACUACAGGUGCACAUGCUAUGACGGAUUCCGCCUUGCACACGACGGACACAACUGCCUCGAUGUGGAUGAGUGUUCGGAGGGUAAUGGUGGCUGUCAGCAGAUCUGUGUCAACAUGAUGGGCAGCUACGAGUGCCGCUGCAGAGAAGGAUUCUUCCUGAGCGACAACCAGCACACCUGCAUCCAAAGGCCCAAAGUGCGAUCAGAGGGCACCAAGGAGGGCCCCACCUGCAUGGAUAAGAACCAUGGCUGUGCUCACAUCUGCCGGGAGACACCAAAGGGAGGCAUCGCCUGCGAGUGCAGGCCUGGCUUCCAGCUCACCAGGAACAUGAGGGACUGCAAGUUGACCUGUAACUACGGCAACGGGGGUUGCCAGCACAUCUGUGAGGAGACGGACCACGGCCCCAGAUGUGCGUGUCACAUGAAGUUUGCCCUGCACACUGAUGGAAAGACAUGUGUAGGGGAGAGGAGUGUCCAGAACCAGGCAGCCCCACAGCUGUUCCCCAAUGAGACGUGUGCAGUGAACAACGGUGGCUGUGACAGCACGUGUCAUGACGCGGUGACCGGAGUCCGCUGCAGCUGUCCUGUUGGCUUUACUCUCCAGCCAGACCGCAAGACCUGCAAAGACAUUGACGAGUGCCGCCUGAACAAUGGGGGAUGUGACCACGUGUGUCGGAACACAGUGGGCAGCUUCGAGUGCAGCUGCAAGAAGGGCUACAAGCUGCUGACCAAUGAGAGGACUUGCCAAGACAUUGACGAGUGUUCUUUUGACCGGACGUGUGACCAUUCCUGCGUCAACUCCCCUGGCAGCUUCCAGUGCUUCUGUCAUAAAGGCUAUGUUCUCUACGGUCUGGCACAUUGUGGAGAUAUUGAUGAGUGCAGUAUAAACCGCGGUGGCUGUAAAUAUGGCUGUGUAAACACUCUGGGCAGCUACGAGUGUACCUGUCCACCUGGAUACAAGCUUCACUGGAACAAGAAGGACUGCAUUGAGCUGGUGAAAUGUCUGCCUGGCCUAGCUCCCAAGACCACUCUGACCUGCAGUAAAACGGGCAAGAAAGAGAGCUGCUCCCUCACCUGCGCCUCCAAGGCUCACUAUCUGGCAGAAUCUGACAGCAGCUAUACAGUGAGCUGUGGCAUCCCCAUCCUUCGAGGCAAAACCCCAGCCAGACUGAACACAAGCAGCAGUCAGAGCUGCAUCGAGACAGGCGCCCCUCCAGUGAAGCAGACUGCCUCUUUCAAGAUCAAAGAUGCCAAGUGCCACCUGCACCCCAAGCUGACGGGCCGUGCCGAGGACAGGGGCCGAGCGCUGGGGCCAGGUGAGGGGCCACAUCCGGCCUACAUGCCAGACCUUGGAGGUGGACAGCCCUGCAAUAACUGCCUGGUGACGUUUGUCAACCUCAAAUGUGACUCCACCAAGAAGUCCAAAGGGCGCCGUGCCCGCAACCCCACCAAUAAGGAAGUGACACGCAUCACCCUUGAGUUGGAGGCGGAAGUCAAGCCAGGGGACACCACAGGGAGCUGUAACCUGAGUUGCCUGCGCCAGCGCAUGGAGAAGCAGGUGAAGACAUACAUCAAGGCCCUGAAGAAGUCGAUCAACCAGGACCGUUUCCUGAUCCGCGUGGCUGGGCUGGAGUACGAGGUGGCCCAGAAGCUGCCCCAGGUCGCUUCAAGCCAUGAGAACUGUGGGCCAGGCCGUGAGAAGGAUAGCGGACACUGUGUCAGAUGUUUGCCGGGAUCAUACUACCACGGGGAACAGGAGCGCUGCGUUCAGUGCCCACCUGGCACCUUCCAGGAGAGGGAGGGGCAGCUGGCCUGUGACCUGUGCCCUGGAAGUGAUGGGCAUGGACCUGCCGGGGCACGCAACAUCUCCUCCUGCGCAGGUCAGUGCCCCACUGGGUACUACUCCAGUGAUGGGUUUAAGCCAUGCCAGCCAUGCCCGUAUGGCUCCUACCAGCCAGACCUGGGACGGACCCUGUGCUUCCCCUGCGGAGGGGGGCUGAGCACCAAGCGGGAGGGGGCCAGCUCCUUCCAUGACUGUGAGGUCAAAGUUCAGUGCUCCCCUGGCCACUACUACAACACUACGGUGCACCGCUGUAUUCGUUGCCCUCUGGGCAGCUACCAGACAGAGUUCAGACAGAACUACUGCAUUACCUGUCCUGGCAACACCACUACAGACUUUGAUGGGGCCACCAGUGUCUCUCAGUGCAAGAACCGAGAAUGCGGAGGAGAGAUGGGCGAGUUCACAGGUUACAUUGAGUCCCCCAACUACCCCGGGAACUACCCAGCUAACGUGGAAUGCAUCUGGAACAUCAACCCGCCCAGCAAGCGCAAGAUCCUCAUCGUGGUGCCUGAGAUCUUCCUGCCCUCAGAGGAUGAGUGUGGAGACGUACUGGUUAUGAGGAAGAACUGGUCGGCCACGUCCAUCACCACCUAUGAGACAUGUCAGACGUACGAGCGACCCAUCGCCUUCACCGCCCGCUCCCGCAGACUCUGGAUCAACUUCAAGUCCAACGAGGCUAACAGUGCCCGAGGCUUCCAGAUCCCCUAUGUCACCUACGAUGAGGAUUAUGAACAGCUUGUAGAGGACAUUGUCAGGGAUGGAAGACUCUAUGCCUCUGAAAACCAUCAAGAAAUCCUAAAGGAUAAAAAGCUGAUUAAAACUCUCUUCGACGUGCUGGCCCACCCAAACAACUACUUCAAGUACACCACUCGGGAGUCCAACGAGAUGCUGCCGCGCUCGUUCAUACGCCUCAUAAGCAGCAAAGUCUCCGGCUUCUUGCGUCCAUAUAAGUAGUUGCCACACCAAACCCGCCCCUAAAGCACCAGACCCCGCCCCCUCUUACAGGCCAAACACAGAACUCUCACAGGACUUUAAACAAGUUGACCAAAAUAACUCUUUUUUCUUCUAUUUUUUCAUACUGUAGAGGCUUUGACGACACACUUCACUAUGCAGUCCCACAUGUUGAUCUUCUUCAUCUGUUUGGUUUUAAGCCGUUUCAUUUCCUCCACAACCAUACAGUCCAUGAAGUCAACCAACUUGAGUCAAAGUACAGUACAGGCUGUCUUUCUCAUCUCUUCUUUCUGAAUAUUUAUCACCACUACAAUAUGUUGGUGUCUUAGUUUUUUUGCUGUUUCUAUUAGCAUAUAUGGCCUUGUAUGUCAUUUUCACAGCAAUCCCCAAUGCGAAGGAUGUGUGCGUAUUUCAGAUGACGCAUGUUAAGUCUGUGUUGACAAAAUGGACAACGGUAGUGGCAUUUAUGUCAGACAAGAAGAAGGAUGUUACAAGGGUAAUAUGUUUGUCACAUUUGUUUAGAGCUGGAACUGAGUUAUAAUAAAUGUGCUUUAAUAAAUAGUAUUUCACUUGAGUUCCAGCUUCAGCUCAAUCCAUUCCAAGACGAGUCUGUUUUGAUAAAUGUAUAACCUUUUGUAGAUUUAUAUCCUCCAUGAACAAUCCUCAAGGAGAAAGACCUGUCAGUUUCAUGUCAUAGUUACAUUCCACAACAUUCAAAGCCUUACUAUAUCUGAGCUCUUAGAGCAACUUCUUGUUAAGGUAUUACUGUUAAAACAGUUAUUCUAUGUUUUUUUCUUCUGUCCAGAUUGUAUAACUGUCUGUUACCUACGUUCAGACAUUUUCUGUUAUUCUAUAUCCAAGUUAACUUAACAAAGCGUAUACAGUGUAGUUUAUAAUUCUUUCCAGAACGUGAUGGACAUUUUGGAAAAUAAAUAGAAAACUAGAUUUGUGAAAGCCACAGGAGAGAGACAGAGAAAUGUCUCUAUGUCUCUGUGGACCAUGACUGGUGAGGGAGAGACAGAGAUGUCUUAAUUAAGGGACACGCCUCUGUGAUACAGACAAUGUCUUUGUUGGACACGACUCUGUGAGAGAGAGACAGAGAAAUGUCUUUGAGGGACAUACGUUUGCUGCUUCUUUUAAAAAGGUCACUUUAAUUCUUCAAUCUCAAGUCCUUUUUCUGGUGUUUUCUGACCUCGCAUCACACUAAUAGUCCAUUGCUUUAAUACAGGGGUGUCAAACUCAUUUUGCUCCGGGGGCCGCAUUCAGUCUUCAACAAGGUCCGGAGGGCCGCACUGAAUUUUUUAAAAUAUUUCCUUGCUGUCAAUCGGUUUGGGAAUUUAGGAAAUCGUUUUAACGUUCAAGUUUUUAUUGUUUUACUCAAAGCACCCGCGGGCCCUAUUGGACCUCCUCACGGGUCGUAUGUUUGACACCCCUGCUUUAAUAUAAAAUAAAGUUGAGAGAGAGAUGCAUCAUAAGUAUAAAUAUAAUUCUACCACCUGUCCUCAUGUAAAUGAUAGUCACAUCACAUUUGUCUCUUCAUCCAUGGCCUACCAACCCAUUUUAUAGAUUUUUUCUUUCAAUCUUGUAAAUAAUGAAAAUAAAUUAGACGAGGAUUGAAUCCUUUUAAUCCUAAUUAUCUUGAGCAGGACCCCAAACUAUUUUCCACCCAUGUCCUCUUCACCCUCUCCCUAAUCCAAGUACCCCACCCCAGCCCCUUUCCUUCCCAAACGCCCAUGUCAGAUUCUGUCCCAAUAAGACCAGCUCUUCCAAAGACUGCCUGCAUGGCAGGCCAAGUUAUUAUCUUGUGCACUAGAUCUAGAGCCUGUCAUCCUACCUUUGUUGUAUAAGUGCAAUGAAUUAAGUCUCCAUUGUGUUACUCCUCUCUCUGUGUCCAGAGAAAUACAAAAAAAAAAUGUUUUAAUCUGCCAACACAUAUUGAGAACAUAUUCUUGGAUUUCUUAAAAAAAAAUUGUGACUGACAUUAGGGUUGUGAAUAAAGUUCAGCAUCCCACACCAAUAAUGUUGAAAUACCAAUAUAGUUGAUCAAUACAAUAAUAUUGCAAUUGAAAUAUUGCUAACAAUUGCAUUGUCAAUGUAAAAGCUAAUGACAAUGAUAACAAGUAAUCCCCUCAACACUCUCAAACCCUCAUUGAAGACAAAUAAAUAUAUUACUGCUCAUAAACAUCAUAUGGAUUUCCCUUGCAAACUCUGAUGGUUUGUUGUUUUUCAGUUUUUGUUGUAUAUAAAAGAGAAAAUAAAAAGUGUAAACAGUAAAAGCUACUGUACACAACCUUUAGAUAGUUGUAAGCACAUGUGCUUCUGGAUAAGGGAAAGGGAUUUUGACCACAUUGCUAAAUUGUAAGACAAGGGUGGUCUAGCCUUGCAGACCAGAGGAACUGUUUAAUACAAGUCACACAUAAUGCCAUAUCUGUAUCCCUUUGAAUGUUUCCAAAAAAAGCCUAGCUACAUUUAUGGUUGUCUUAAGUUGCCAUUACUAUUUAUAUCAUCCAGUUUCUUUUUCUUCAGCAUUUCGAUGUCAAUAGCACUCACUGCUCCCACCAAAUCCCAACUCACCAUUCUCUCCCUCCUUCAUCUUCCUCCCUCUGUCCCUGCAACCUGAACACAUCAGAUGUUUCUGUUUUGUAGCUUUUUUUUAAACAUGCGUUUGCUAUGAUGUAUCAUAGAGUUGAUAAUGGUAUUUGCACUUGGAAAUUGUUAUUUCUCAUGUAAAAAUGUCUGGAUUUUGUAUUGUCUUUUUAAAUGAAUGGAAUUGGUGUUCUUACAUUUCUUGUAGCUCUCGUUUGUUCUCUAAAAUGCUCAUUCACUGUGUUCAACCCAUGAAGAUGAAGAUGCACACGUACAUGUAACUUUAUCAACUGUAAAAAAAAUAAAGAGUAUGUACAGAGGUGAAAUGAAAACACUUAUCAAAAUAAACAUACUGUAAUUGA